AUGUCAUGUUCACCAUCAUCACCUAUUAGUGUACCAUUAUCAUCAUCAAAUAAUUAUCAACCACAACAACAACAACAGCCUAUUACAAUAGCAACUGUACAAUAUUGUCAACGUUGUUGCGUCCAUUUGCCCACUUCAUCAUCGAUGACGGCAACUAAUGAACAAUCAUCAUCAUCGACAAUUAUCGAUACAUUUGAUAAAUUGAAUAAAAAACAACGACAAACAACAACAGAUAGUAGUAUGAAUACACCAAUCAAUACAGUUAAAUAUGUAAAGAAUAAAUCAAAAAUACGAAGUUUAAAUCGUAAUAAUAAUAAUAACAACAACAAUAAUAAUAAUUCGGUUAUUGUGUCUAAUAAUAAUAAUAAUAAUAACCGUACGGGAAAAACAUCAUUACCUUUUAUGCUGGAUAAUUUUUCCAAUACAUCAUCAUCGUUGACUACUACAGCAACAACAACAUGUGAAUCAAUGGCCAAUAAUAAUAAUAAUAUUCGAAGAUCAAUAAGUAAAGAUUCAAUUGACACAGAUAUUAUCAUGAUUGGUAAUCUCAAUAAUAAUAAUCAUCAUCAACGUCAUAAUUCAUCAUCAUUAUAUAAUGCAACAACAAAUACUCUUACUAGUUGUGGUGGUGGCGGUGAUGAUAUGGAUUUAUAUCUGAAAAACCUCAACACUACAACGAGCCAUGAUAAUAAUUUCAAAAAUCAGAAUCAUGAAUUUGCCAAUAAUCAACAAUAUAUAUUGCAGAUUGAACGAGAAAAAUUGGAAUUACAAAAACAGUUGAUUACAUUGGUACAGAAUGCUGAUACGAAACGAUUGGAAAUUGAACGAUUACAAAAGGAAUUGAAACAAUUGAAGAAAAAAUUUAAUACGGAAAAAACAAAGCAAGCGGAAUUGAAAUCAUUAGAGUUACAGGAUGUAAACGAAUUGCAAAUUGGUGGUGGUGAACCAAUGGUUGAUGAUGUAAACAUUAAAAAUGAUGAUAAUUCUAAUUCAAAUAAAACAUUAGAACAAUCAGAAACGAUUGCUGAAAUGGAAUUGAUUGUUCCAUCAUCAUCAACAACAAUAAUGCAUACGGGUGAACAAUCCUCAUCGUCUAAUAUUAUUGAAUGGGAUAAACAAUCAUCAUCAUCUAUUUCUGAAUUAUCCGUUGCCAAUCUACAGGAUCGGAUCAAUCAAAUGGAAGAAACACAUUAUUCAACAUCGGAAGAGUUACAGGCGACGCUCCAAGAAUUGAAUGAUUUACAAGAACAAGUAAUGGAUCUGCAAAAAUCAAAUGAAAUACUACAGCAUGAUAAAAAUUUCCUACUUGAAACAUUGUGUGAACAAACAAAAAAAUUGGAUAAUUGUGUUGCACGUAUUGAACAAUUCCAACGAAUGAUUAUCGAUCAAUAUGAUGAUGAAGAGAAACAUGUGCUAUUGUCACCUUCUGAACGUGAAGAAAGCCUCGUUGAAAUGCUCAAAUGUAUUCAUGAAGAGAAAACUGAAUUAGAAACAAAACAUGAUGAAUUACUAUAUAAACUAGAAGAAUUAAAUGUACGAUCCAAAUUGGAUGCAAAUAAUUUAUUAGAAUUUGGAUUACUAUUUACUAAACCAUCACCACCUACCACUAAAGAAUCUAUGAUGAUUGGCGAUCAUAAACAAAAAGACACUGUCUGCUUAAUGGAUCAUCAUCAUCAUCAUCAUCAUCAUGAUAAUAAUAAUCUAGUCGAAUCUACUGCAUCUAUAAUCGUAGGCAAUUCAUCUUCAUCAUCAACAACAACUACAACAACGUUGUCGUCGUCGUCAUCGAAUAUAAAUGCAAAAUCUGAAUCUAUUGAACAAGAACAAUUGGAUAAAUCAUGUUGUUCAUUACAGCAACAACAACAACAAAAAAUGUUGGCCAAAUUAUAUAAUGCAAAAUCAUUACAAGAAAUAUCAAUGCCGGUAACAGGUUCAUUUCAUAGUCUUGAUGGUUUAACCAGUAAAAAUUCCAGUUCUACUGAAGAAACAAUUGAAAUGUUACAAUUUCUUGUCAAACAAUUACAGGAUCGAAUAUCAACACGAGAAUUGGAUCUAAAAAAACUUAAAGAUCAACUUAUUCUAAUGGAAGUGGAAAAGAAAGAAGAAUAUGUUAAACUUGAAAUACAGCUUAAAAAUCUGGAAAAUCGUAAUAAAGAAUUAAAUGAACGAAAUGAAGAACUAUAUCAAAGGCUAAAAACAACGGAAGAGGCAAAAAUUGAAUCUGAAAUUCGUGCCCAAAAAAAUCUGGAUGAAAAACGAGAGAUACGUUCAUUAUUAGAGGAUAAAGAUCGUAGAUUAGCUGAUCUUGAAAUGAAAUUAUCGACCAAAUGUAAAGAAUAUUCAGAAUUGGAAGAUAAACGUGAUCUUGAACACUCGGAAUGGAAACAAUUUCAACAAGAUUUAUUGACCACUGUACGUGUUGCAAAUGAUUUUAAACUUGAAACAUUAGCCGAAUAUAAAGCACUAUUGAAUGAAAAGAAUAUGAUUGAAGAAAAAUUGAAUCUUCUUGAAUCUGAAUUACAAAAAUAUCGUCAAGAAAAUAAAAAACUUCAUCACCAACAACAACAGCAGCAGCAUCAGCAAUAUUCGCGUUCCGGUGUCAUGGAUCCAUUACUAUCGACAACCAAUAAUGGUAGCAACAACACAUCAACAGUUACACAAAAUUCAUCUGGAUCAUCAUCGUUGACAAAAACAAUUAAUGAUUCAGUGACUGUUGCCACAGUAAAACCGAUGGUAACAAAAUCAACAUCACAACAACAACAGUCAACAUCAUCGUCAUCAUCAUCAUCAUCGCCAAAAACAUCAUUAUUAACAAUAAUUCAAAAUUAUGAACCAAUUUCGAAUGGAUCGGCAAUUAGUCAUCAUCAAAGUACUACUACCACCACAAAUGGUCGAACAUUAAUGCGUAGUAAUAGUAGCCAGAUUUCUGUUCGAAGUUUGAUUGAAACUUUUGAUACGAAUAAUAAACAACAACAGCAGCUAACUUCUCCAUCAUUAACACAUCCAUCAUCUACAAUUACAUCGAAUGGUGGUACCACAACAAACAAUGGUUCAUCAUCUGUACCACCAUUGUGCAAUCGUUCUAAUUCAGUACCAAUUCUUGGUCAUAAUGAUUUACUCAUACAACGACAUCUACGUCAAUUUGUUAAUGAAUCUAAUGGUAAUAGUGUUACAACGCCAUCAUCAUCGCCUGAUCACCAACUUCAUCGAUCUGCUAGCAAAACUUCUGCAAAUUCUUCCGAUCGUACCACUCCUUCAUCAGUGUUUGUAUCAUCACCAAUUUUAAAAGAUUCAAAUGGAAAUAAAAUUGAUUCAAUCAGACCACGAGCAUUGUUUAGUGAAAUGAGUGAUGGCAACAAAAAAGAUCCACUAACAACAUUGGUACGUGGUGGUGGCUCAAAACGAAAUGCUCUACUCAAAUGGUGUAAAAAUAAAACGCUCAAUUAUCGUGACAUUGAUAUUACGAAUUUUUCAUCAUCAUGGAAUGAUGGUAUGGCAUUCUGUGCCAUUCUGCACACGUAUCUACCCGAUAAGAUACCAUAUGAGACAUUAAAAGCGGAUGAUAAAAAACGAAAUUUUACAAUUGCAUUCAAAGCAGCCGAAUCAGUCGGCAUAAUGACAACUUUGGAUCUCAACGAGAUGCUUGCACAGGAACGACCCGAUUGGCAUAAAAUUAUGGCUUAUGUUACAUCAAUCUAUAGCCAUUUUGAAACAUAAUAGCUUUUUCAUUCAAAUGAUUUUUUUUCAUUAAAUUUUUUUUAUUUUUUCAAAA